GGGCGCCAGCUGGGCACGCAGGGGAGCCCGCGGGACCCGAGCCGACCGUCCACCCGCCCGAGAGCUCGCUAGGGGACACUGAGGCUCGGCUGGUGGCCAGGGCAGGACUGGAAACCAGUGUGUCUCCAAACAGGACAUCCGGGAGCAAAUGUGGGACUACAUGGAGUCACAGAACUUAGCCGACUUCCCCCGGCCUGUUCAUCACAGGAUCCCCAACUUUAAGGGUGCAUCUCGGGCAGCGGAGCACUUCCCAGGUCUGCAGGUGUUCAAAGCAGCCAGAACCGUCAAAGUCAACCCCGACGCGCCCCAGAGAAAUGUGCGCUUCUUGGUCCUCAGCAGCAAAAAAACAUUGUUGGUUCCGACACCGCGACUGAGAUCGGGGUUGUUUAACAAGAUCACACCACCCCCCGGGGCAACCAAAGAGGUUCUGAGGAGAUGCGCCACUUCCCAGGGUGUGAGGAGCUACAGUGUCCCCAUAGGCCUGGAUUCCAAAGUCUGUGUGGACUUAGUUGUGGUGGGAUCCGUCGCUGUCUCUGAAAAAGGCUGGAGAAUCGGGAAGGGCGAAGGUUACGCUGAUCUCGAAUACGCCAUGAUGGUGUCGAUGGGAGCCGUCAGCCAGCAGACGCCAGUGGUUACCGUGGUCCACGACUGCCAGGUCGUGGACAUCCCCGAAGCCCUCCUGGGGGACCACGAUGUCACAGUGGACUACAUCCUCACUCCCACCAGAGUCAUCGCCACGGGCUGCGAGCGCCCACGGCCAGUCGGGAUCAUGUGGUCCAAGAUCAGCCAUGAAAUGAUGGAGAAAAUCCCUAUACUGAGAAGCCUUCGUGACCGAGAGAGGCGGGCCGGAAAAGACGUCACCCUGCAGGAAAGGCCCCAGCAUCUCCGAGGAUCCGGUGGCCAGCAGGCAGCUCCUCUGAGCACCGGUAGACCUCAGUCCGCACCCCAGCCGGAAACAGACUCUGUAGGGGCAGCCCAAGGCUCCCUGCAGGGGCAGCCCGCCCCUCUGGCUGCCACUGUCUUCAUUGGGAACCUUCCCCGAGAUGCCCGUGUGGGUGACCUGAAGAGAGUGCUCCGAGGAGUCGGCAUGAUGCCCCCGCGACUCACCUGGCAGGGGCCGCAGGGCAGAGCCUUCCUGCACCUUCAGGACCCGGCCACAGCCCAGCAGGCUGUCUGCCAACUGCAGGGCCUGAGCCUGGGCCCCAACACCUUGACGGUGGCCCUGGCCAGAGGGCACACAGACCAGUGACCUGUGACUGGACAGUUGCGCUCCAUGGCUACGGUCCCUGGGCACCUCUGACAUGCGACCUCUGUCUUCCAGGCCCCUGUGGGACUGGAGGGACCCUGUGGGCAAGAUGUGGGAGCCUGAGCUGCCGUAUCUCCAUCUCUGCUGGGAUGUCACGGCCCCAGAUAGUGCCCUGAGCUCCCGGUGGGAAGAGGAAGUGAGCAGAGAGGUUUUGUGCCACGGAGGGCCACCCUCGCUUGUCUGAGCUGGCUCUACUACAGCAGCCCGGCUGGUGUCCCUGGAUGGGCAGAGCAGCGGUCCAGGAAGUGCUGGGCAACCUCAGGCACUGGGUGAGGGGAGGACGGAGGGGCCUGCCCAGGAGGAGGCCUGGUAGGGGCCAGGUGCAGGGACAGCGAGGGCCACACCAGAAGAGCCCCAGUGCUCAGGGUCCUGGCCUGGCCCCGGGCACAGACUGCUCCCCUCAGCCUGGCCCUCGAGUCAUCAGUGGGUGCCUCAGGGGGACCAGCCCCUCCCUUGGAGCGACACUUGGCAGCUUUCGGCUUGGCCAGAGGCCAGCACAAGGCAGGGACUCUGGAAAUCAGGUCAGGGCCACCCCACACACAGCGCGGCCAUUGCCGGGGCCUCCGCUUCUGCUGCUGCACAGCUGGACUCCGCUGGACAGCGCUCUCCCGACAGCCACAGCUGGGCAAGGAGUCGAAGCAGCAGGCGUGCACGUGUGGAAAUUCUCACUUCCAGCCAGAGGGUCUCCGGGGCUGUGUGAGGCACCGUGUGAGCCCAGGAGGCGCGCCCUGUGCGCACUUCACAGAAGAGGUUCUGGGGCCUUUUCCGUCUUCUCUUGGAAAGGGCGCUUUCUCAGUGGCUUUCCGAUAAGUGACUGAAGGCUGGAACGAAAACCUCCCCUCGGAGUGGCUUGUUGAACACAUUUCUCUUCCAAGGUGCCCUGGGGAAGGUGAGAGGAGCAGAGACGAGGUCGAGCGUCCCGCGGCCUGGCCGGGCCACCGCCCUUGCCCGUGUGGCGCGACCGCACUCCUGUGUCACUUGGGGUCCAGCGCCAUGUUGGAGGCGACUGGCCCCUGGCCUGGAGGAGCCGCUGGCCGCUCUUAACUCCUGCCCGGUUUCCCUUUUCCCAGAAUGCUCCGUGUUUGAGACUGACCUUUCCUUUUACUUCUCAGUUGUCGAUUUCCAUAGCUCCAGGACCAGGGGUGUGUGUCUGUCUGUCCUCUCCCCCUGUGCCCAGCUGCUAGGGCCCCCCGACCUAGAGGGAGCAAUGCAGUGGAAGCACAUUGGGUGAGAGGACCCAAUAGAGCCCAGAGCUGACCCCUCCUUGAAUGCCUGCAUCUUGGGGCUGAGGCCGACCCGGGGCUGAGGCCGACCUGGGGCUGAGGCCGACCUGGGGCUGAGGCCUCCCGGGGCUGAGGCCGACCUGGGGCUGAGGGCUCCCGGGGCUGAGG